CAGCAGCAGCAAAAAGAACAACAUAAUGUUGUUCACUGCACGCGAUGUAGCUGAAGUGCGUCAUGUGGUGCAACGGAUAUUGGUGCCAUGUGUUUUUGUUAUUGGACUAUUGGGAAAUUCUGUUAGCAUUUACGUUUUGACAAGGAGACGUAUGCGUUGCACAACAAACAUUUAUUUAACCGCUUUGGCUAUCACGGAUCUCAUAUAUCUGACAAUGGCUUUGCUAUUAUCACUGCAACACUCUCAGUACGUGCAUCAAUGCUGCCAACUGUAUUGGCUGUUCUACGGUGUCGUAUUGUGGCUAUGCGAUGCCUGCGCUUAUAUAUCCAUAUAUAUAGCGGUUUGUUUUACCAUAGAACGUUUUAUAGCGAUACGUUAUCCUUUAAAACGUCAGACAUUCUGUACGGAAUCUUUAGCCAAACGUGUGAUAACAGGUGUGGCUGUGUUUUGCCUACUAUCGACAAUAUCUACCGCCUUCGAACACGAAUAUAGCAUCGAAUUUAAAAUGAUUGAUAGUCGAGGCCAAGCCUGCAACUAUACCAAGAAAACUGUUUCUUUACUCAAUCCGUUGCAUACAUCAUUACCAAAUGAUAUCGUACAAGAGUUGGAAGUCGACGGUAGUGGUAAUAAUGACUUUAUCGCAGCAACGGCUAAUGUCUUGUCUGCUCAAGUGCCGGAAUCUGUAAGAGCAAAUCAACCUGAAAUGUUAAGGUCAAUGCCACAACGAGCAUCAGUCAAUGGAGUUACAGAAGCAGGAGAAGAAGCAAUGGCAACAGCAGUAACCAUACAAACAUCUUUAAUUUCAACAAACAUUCCACAAUUAAAUUUAUCUACAAAUACACUUGAAAAUUUUCCUCAACUAAUGGAUGCUGAAUAUCUAACCAGUCGUAAUAGAAAUGGUAUAUUUUCUAGUUCACCCUUCACAUCUUACUCUGCCUUGGCGCCGGUGUCUGCGAGUGUAGCAGAAAGUACUGACACAAGCCCGAUUCAAAUAUCCCAGUAUAAGGAUAACAACAACAGUAACAACAGUAACAACAGUAACAACAGUAAUAAUAACAACAACAACAACAACAACAAUAAUAAGAAUAGUGACAAAACAAACCAAUCUCGAAAGUUUCAAGCUGCACAAGUAGAGAACUAUGCUUUAGGACUCCAGAGUAGUAGUUACAUAUUUAAUAAUGUCACAGAAUAUUGUCAAAACACAACAUACUAUGAACAUAUAUCCUCUGCUCUGGGUAAUAAUGAAAUCUAUUUGAAAAUUUGGAAUUUCUUUACAUUGCUUGUCUUUGUAUUGAUACCGCUAUGCAUGUUGCUUACUUUCAAUUGUUUUCUCAUCAUGUUAGUACGUAAAUCGAAAACAGUACGUGGUGAAAUGACCAACGCUAGUAGCAUGCGACGACCAAAGCGCAAGACGAAUUUAUCAUCAGUGUCUCAGGAAAAUCGAGUUACAGUUACAUUAAUUGCUGUUGUUCUACUAUUCAUUGUUUGCCAAUUGCCAUGGGCCAUAUAUCUGAUUGUUUCCGAGCAAAUGGAAAUUGAUAUUAAUUUACGUAUAAUUAUUGGUAAUAUAUUCAAUUUUUUGGCCGCCCUAAAUGCCGCAGCAAAUUUCUUUUUAUAUUGCGUACUCUCGGAUAAAUAUCGUAAAACUGUACGAGAGCUAAUAACUGGUUAUCGUUAUCAACAUCAAAGGCAUACAUUACAUUCGAGCAGUUUGCUGCAAAACGGUAGCCGUAGAAGUUAUAGACCAGGGCAAGCAUCAUCGGUUAUAAUUAAAUAAAUUAUAUAAUAAUAU